AUGAGUUUCGCGGCGUACAAGAUGAUGCAGUGUUCCACCGGCAUCGACAACUGCGCAACCGGCUUCCUCACGCAUUCACGCGCCGACACCGUCCCGCUCCAGCCCGACGACCUCGACGCGGAGUGGCCCUCUCGCCCCCGCCGCGUCGGCCCCCUCCCCAACCUUGUCGUCACCGCGGCCAACGUCCUCGAAGUCUAUGCUGUCCGCCUCCAGCAAGACCAGCCGCCCAAGGCCGCCGACCCCCGUCGUGCUACCCUCCUCGAUGGAAUCGCCGGAGCCUCCCUGGAGCUCGUGUGCCACUACAGGUUUCGCCUCUGUCCACUUACCUUGGGAGGAGUUAGUCCUCUUGAUAAUGUGCAAAAUCUAGGGAUGAAGUUUAGAGGAGGCUGUGAGGAUUUACUGGAAUUUAGGGCUAUAUUAGUUAUCUGUUUCAGUUCUGGUUCCUAUCAUAAUGGGAAUAUGGGACAUGACCUUGAUUCUUUGCUUCUCAAUUUGUUACAUGGUAAUGUUGAAACCAUGGCUGUCUUGAGCAUUGGAGGUGGUGAUGCUUCUAGGAAGAGAGAUUCUAUAAUCUUAACUUUUGCAGAUGCCAAGAUUUCAGUUCUUGAGUAUGAUGAUUCUAUUCAUGGACUUCGAACUAGGACUGGAAUGUGGAAGAUGUACAGGGCUUGCAUAAAGCAUGCUGUUGCUAUUUCUUUUUCAAUGUUGUUUAGGGCCAGGGGAUUUAGCUUACACCUUGUCUGUUACUUGUUUCUACCUGCUAGUUCUUUGCAUUGCUUUGAGGGUCCAGAGUGGCUUCACCUGAAAAGAGGAAGAGAACAAUUUGCAAGAGGACCGGUGGUUAAGGUUGAUCCUCAAGGCAGGUGUGGUGGAGCUCUUAUAUAUGAUUUGCAAAUGAUAAUACUAAAGGCUACUCAGGUUUAUCCUCUAUGCCUUGUGAAUUUGAAAUACUUUGUUGCAUACUACUUAUUUGUUUUGUACCUGGCUGGUUCUGGUUUAGUUGGGGAUGAUGAUGCCUUGGGAUAUUCAGGAGCAGUUGCUGCACGUAUUGAGUCAUCUUAUAUGAUAAACCUACGGGACUUGGAUAUGCGCCAUGUAAAAGAUUUUACAUUUGUUCAUGGCUAUAUUGAACCUGUAAUGGUUAUUUUACAUGAACGAGAGCUCACUUGGGCUGGGCGUGUCUCAUGGAAGCAUCAUACUUGCUCGAUAUCAGCACUUAGUAUCAGCACAACAUUGAAGCAGCAUCCACUUAUUUGGGCAGCUGCUAAUCUCCCCCAUGAUGCAUACAAGCUUCUUGCGGUGCCCUCGCCAAUAGGUGGUGUUCUUGUAAUUGGUGCUAACACUAUUCAUUAUCACAGUCAGAUACCAAGAUCAAGUUUCAAUGUGGAGCUUGAUGCUGCCAAUGCAACUUGGUUGUUGAAUGAUGUGGCCUUGCUGUCUACAAAAACUGGCGAACUGUUAUUGCUUACACUUGUUUACGAUGGAAGGGUUGUACAGAGACUCGAUCUUUCGAAGUCAAAAGCUUCAGUUCUAUCAUCUGGUAUUACGACAAUUGGAAAUUCUUUGUUUUUUCUAGCCAGUCGGUUAGGGGACAGUAUGCUGGUGCAAUUUUCUUGUGGAUCAGGUUCAAUGUUGUCAUCUAACCUAAAAGAAGAGGUUGGUGAUAUUGAAGCAGAUGCUCCAUCAAAGAGAUUGCGGAGGUCACCUUCUGAUACUUUGCAAGAUAUGGUUAGUGGUGAGGAGCUCUCCUUGUAUGGAUCUGCUCCAAAUAGAACAGAAUCAGCACAGAAAUCCUUCUCGUUUGCAGUGAGGGAUUCAUUGAUUAAUGUUGGUCCUUUGAAAGAUUUUUCAUAUGGUUUAAGAAUAAAUGCUGAUGCAAAUGCUACAGGGAUCGCCAAACAGAGUAACUAUGAAUUGGUGUGCUGUUCUGGUCAUGGAAAGAAUGGUUCUUUGUGUGUUCUGCGGCAAUCAAUUCGUCCAGAAGUGAUUACUGAGGUUGAACUUCCUGGUUGCAAAGGAAUUUGGACUGUGUAUCAUAAGAGCACACGUGCUCUUAAUACUGAUUCUUCUAAGCUGACUGACGAUGACGAUGAGUAUCAUGCUUAUCUUAUUAUUAGUUUGGAGGCUCGUACAAUGGUACUAGAAACAGCUGAUCUUCUGAGUGAGGUUACUGAAAGUGUAGACUAUUAUGUUCAAGGAAAAACACUUGUAGCUGGAAAUUUAUUUGGAAGGCGUCGAGUUAUCCAAGUCUAUGAACGAGGUGCUCGAAUUCUAGAUGGUUCUUUUAUGACCCAAGAUGUAACCUUUGGACCUUCAAAUUCAGAAUCUGGUUCUGCAUCUGAGACGGCUAUAGCUCUUUCUGUUUCUAUAGCUGAUCCAUUUGUCUUACUCAGAAUGAGUGAUGGAAGUAUUCGACUUCUGAUUGGAGAUCCUAUUACCUGCACCAUUUCUGUCACUUCUCCAACUUCAUUUGAGAGCACCAAGGGAUCAGUUUCUUCAUGCACACUGUACCAUGAUAAAGGACCUGAGCCUUGGCUGAGGAAGACUAGUACUGAUGCAUGGCUUUCUACUGGUGUUGGUGAGGCUAUUGAUGGCACUGAUGGUGCAGCUCAGGACCAUGGGGAUAUUUAUUGCGUUGUUUGUUUUGAUAAUGGUAGCCUUGAAAUAUUUGAUGUGCCCAAUUUCAAUUGUGUCUUUUCUGUGGAAAAUUUUAUGUCUGGAAAGAGCCAUCUUGUUGAUGCUCUGAUGAAAGAGGUACCAAAAGAUUCUAAAAAAGGGGAUAGAGAUGGAGUGGUCAGCCAAGGGAGGAAGGAAAAUGUACCAGACAUGAAGGUAGUAGAGUUGGCCAUGCAGAGGUGGUCUGGGCAACAUAGCCGUCCAUUUCUUUUUGGAAUUUUGAGUGAUGGAACUAUUCUUUGUUACCACGCUUACCUUUAUGAAAGUCCAGAUGGUACUUCUAAAGUUGAGGAUUCAGUAUCAGCAGGAGGAUCCAUUGGCCUUGCUACUACCAGUGUUUCUAGGCUUAGAAAUUUGAGAUUUGUUCGUGUGGCCUUGGAUGCAUCUGCCAGGGAGGAGACAUCUAAUGGAUCUUCUCGUCAACAAAUUACUAUUUUCAAGAAUAUUGGUAGUUAUCAAGGAUUCUUCCUAUCAGGGUCAAGACCAGCUUGGGUCAUGGUGCUGAGGGGACGGCUUCGUGUUCAUCCACAGCUAUGUGAUGGAUCUAUUGUUGCUUUUACUGUUCUUCACAACGUGAACUGCAAUCAUGGACUUAUAUAUGUUACAUCACAGGGUGUUUUGAAGAUAUGCCAGUUGCCUUCUGGCUCAAACUAUGACAGCUGCUGGCCUGUACAAAAAAUUCCACUAAAAGCCACUCCACACCAAGUAACAUAUUUUGCGGAGAAGAAUUUAUAUCCACUUAUCGUCUCAUUUCCUGUUCUUAAACCAUUAAAUCAAGUUAUUUCUCUGGUUGACCAAGAUGCCAACCAUCAGAAUGAGAGUCAGAAUAUGAAUUCUGAUGAUCAAAACCGGUUUUAUCCUAUUGAUGAAUUUGAGGUUCGAAUUAUGGAGCCAGAAAAGUCUGGUGGCCCUUGGCAAACAAAAGCCACAAUACCUAUGCAAAGUUCUGAAAAUGCCCUUACUGUGAGGAUGGUCACUCUGCUGAAUACAACCUCAAAAGAAAAUGAAACACUUUUAGCCAUUGGUACUGCUUAUGUGCAAGGAGAAGAUGUUGCUGCAAGAGGACGUAUCCUCCUGUUUUCUUUGGGGAAAAAUACUGAUAAUCCACAAUCUCUGGUUUCAGAGGUGUACUCUAAGGAAUUAAAAGGUGCUAUAUCUGCCUUGGCCUCACUUCAGGGCCAUCUAUUAAUAGCCUCUGGUCCAAAAAUUAUUCUGCACAAGUGGAAUGGCACUGAGUUGAAUGGUAUUGCAUUUUUUGAUGCACCGCCGUUACAUGUUGUGAGCUUAAAUAUUGUAAAGAAUUUCAUCCUUAUUGGCGACAUCCAUAAAAGCAUAUACUUUCUUAGUUGGAAAGAGCAGGGUGCUCAGUUGAGCUUAUUAGCCAAAGAUUUUGCUUCUCUUGAUUGUUUUGCGACGGAAUUUUUGAUUGAUGGAAGUACUCUCAGUCUCAUGGUUUCAGAUGAUAAAAAAAAUAUCCAGAUUUUUUAUUAUGCACCAAAGAUGUCUGAGAGUUGGAAAGGACAGAAGCUUCUUUCAAGAGCUGAAUUUCAUGUUGGUGCCCAUGUGACUAAAUUCUUAAGGUUGCAAAUGCUAUCCACUUCGGAUAGAGCUGGUUCAGCUCCAGGCUCAGAUAAAACCAAUCGUUUUGCCUUAUUAUUUGGAACCUUGGACGGCAGUAUUGGUUGCAUUGCUCCUCUUGAUGAAAUCACAUUUCGCAGACUGCAGUCUUUGCAGAAAAAGCUUGUUGAUGCUGUACCCCAUGUUGCUGGCCUAAACCCCAGAGCUUUCAGACAAUUUCGGUCAAAUGGAAAAGCUCAUCGGCCGGGCCCAGACAGUAUAGUUGACUGUGACCUGCUUUGCCAUUAUGAAAUGCUUCCUUUGGAGGAACAGCUUGAAAUUGCUCACCAGGUCUUAUUAUCAGAAUUAAAUGCAUGUGUCGAAAGCUUGGUUAAGUUAUUAGAUCAUAGCCUAACUCUUACUGCACUUGGAAACAGUGAAAGCAGACAGUUGUUGGAUAGGAUGUCCAUAAUUGAUCCCAAUGGAUGUCUCAUACUCUGGAGUCUGUUUGAUGCCCUCCUAAUGGACGACGUGGAUGUAACAUGA